AUGACUGCAGGACUCAAGAGUGGGUACUAACUGACGCCCUUUCGCUUGUCCGGGAUCGCUGUCUGUGCCUAGCCGAGCCUUCACUGACGUAACGCGCUGCCACCUUCACCCGUUCCUCCCCACUCUAUACCGACUCCUACCAUAGCCAUCAUCUUCCUGUCGUUCGUCUUGGCGGUCUCGUUCCUGCUCGUGAUCCUCUCGUGCGCAUUGUGGGCCAACUGGCUACCCCUCAUCACCGGUAAGACACUCCAUCCCUCCCGCUCCCCCCACCCCACCCCUCUAAACUGACCCGACUGCUCCCUCCUCCCCCCACCACAGCCCUGAUCUUCGCCUUUGCGCCUCUCCCCAACGCGCUCUUCUCCCGUUUUCAAUCCGAGGAUUCCUUCUCGGCCGAAUACAGUUCCGGACCCGUCGAUUUCGGUCGAUUCCUGACGGCGUGCUUCCUCGUUUCGGGCGUCGCGUUCCCCUUCGCGUUGGCCCAUGCGGGUGUGAUCCAUGAGAUGGCUGGAUGGAUGAGUGCGACCGGUGGUGCGGUUGGAUAUGCCACAAGUUAGUCUGUGCAUCCAGCGUCUGCUGCUCCUGGCAUUCCUGGCCCUCGUUGCUGAAUCCUCGUAAGCUGCUUGGCGUGUUUCCCACAGUUAUCACCUAUUCGCAUUUCUUUGCGAUUCAGAUUGCAGAAUAUUAA